AUGGCUUCUUCUUCGUCUUUAGUUCAGUUUCUUUUUCUUCUCUUCUUUGUUUCUCAUUUACCUUCCUCUUUUUCUCGACCUGCUAAUAUCAUGUUUGAUCUAGGCAGAGACUCGUCAACCCUCCAAUAUUGGAUCAAAAUCACCCAAGGAACUCCUCAAACUGCAAUGAAACUAGUUCUAGAUCUCGGUGGAAAGUUACCUUGGCUUCGUUGCCAUAAAGGCUACAAUUCAUCAUCGAUCCGACCGGUCAAAUGCACGACAACUCUAUGCUCUCUGGCAAGCAAACCAGUCAAUAGUACAUGUCUUCCAAAAAAAACUUGCAGCAUUUACACAAGUAACCCAGUAACUAAGUCCGUUGGCAAAGGAGAGCUCAUGUCAGAUCGUGUGGCUGUUAAAUCUAAUCCUGAUGACAGCGAGGGGAUACCGGUUGUUUCGCCUCGCCGGUUUGCUUUCGGUUGUACAACUACAAGUAAUUUCUUAAGUGGACUUUUUAAAGGUGCUAAAGGAGUGGCUGGUCUUGGUCGUUCAUCUGCUCUUUCUGUAGUAACACAGUUUGCUGUUGGAUUUCGUUUGCCUCGCAUAUUCGCUCUUGAAUUAUCAGGAGGGUUUAGUAAUAAUGUUUACUUUGGGGGUGGUCCUUACAUUCAUCCUGACUUUUCUUCGGAGAGUAAUACAAAUAGAAUUUUAGAGUACACUCCACUUUUGGUUAACCCAAAAAGUACCGAUGAGUACUUCGUGGAUCUUAAAUCAAUCCAGAUACACGGUAAAACUGUACCGAUAGACAAAAAGUUGAUCUCCAUCAACAAGGAAACUGGAGUCGGAGGGACCAAAAUCGACAUUCAAACUCCAUACACUACUUUGGAGACAUCAAUCUACAAAGCCGUUAUAAAGGUUUAUAAUGAAUGGGCUAAAAGCGAGAAUAUUACUAUGGUUGCUGCUGUCGCGCCUUUUACCUCCUGUUAUAUGUCAUCCACACUGCCUUCUUGGCUUUACAGUGGAUUUCGUAUAUCACCACCAAGUCUCUCUUUUGUCUUUCCUAAGAAUCAAUUGAAUGUUGCUUGGUGGGAUCUGUUUAAAGUGAAUGAUGCUGUCCAUUGUGUGGCCUUUGUUGAUGGAGGUUCAAAUCCUUUGACUUCCAUUGUUAUCGGUGCUGCGCAAAUAGGUUUCUUAGAGUUUGAUAUCUCAAGGUCAAGAUUAGGAUUCAUGCAACCAAAUUAUAUGUCCGGGUUCUAG